GUUAGCCUCACUAUUAUUUCCGUUGAACGUAAUCUACUGCGUCAAUUGUUUCGGAAAAGGUUGCUUUCUAAUUUCGAUAUUACGGUACUGUGCUGCGAAUGAAUUGAUCUCUUAGGAAAAUCGAAGUUGACGCGAUUUGAAACUAACAUAAAUUAAUUAAUUUUUUCCAAUUGCGAACUUGGUUUUGCUAUGCGAGUGUAACGCGUUUUCCUGUGUCAUUUUCACAAUUACACCGGUUACAACAUGGUGGUUGGCUGUGAUAUUCAAUAUGAUACUCCAAUUAAUGAAUAAUAUAAACUCAGAAGAUUUUAAUGAAGUUCGAUUUUCGUUAAUCGAAAAAUGGAUAAGACAACAUGCCCCCAAACAUAUAAAGAAAUCGAUCAAAGCAUUGUCAAAAUUGAGAUGGAAUCUGAACAAAAUUUCAAGCCUGAAAAUUUAAAUAUUAAUUUUGUGGAAGUUCCCUCAAUAGAAGAACACGCUGAUGUUACCAUUUUGCCGACAAAGUUUAGAGGUAGAAGUAGAGGUAAAGGCAGAGGCAGAGGUAGAGGGAGAGGUAGAGGUAGAUACAGCAACAAUUCACAAAUCUCAGCCUCACCAAAGCAAAGUCAUUCCACGGAUAUGAAGGCAGCUUUGAAGAAGGACCGUUUUCGCCCAAUUCGGCCGAAGCCUUUACAACCUGUUACUUCGACUAUAUUAAGACAUAAAUUUGGAUUGCCAAUAAUGAAUAUGACUACUUUAUCAUCAAAUCGUGUUAUUCUACCAAGUCCACUAAAAGAAAAAGUAACCAUUGCACGCGUUACACGCGUUACACCUUUAGAUGAAUCUGACAAGAUAAAAAAUAUCAAACCAAUUAGCAAUGACAACAAUAUUUUGCAAAACAAAGAUGUUUUUAGUAGCGAUAUUGACAGUAAGACCAUUAACACAAGAAUAGUCAAUAGUAAGACUAUUAACACGACAGCUGUCAACAGUAAGACUAUUAACGUCAGUAAUAAAACUGAAACCAUAAAUAUUGUACCAAUAACCGAUCAAAGUAAAAUUGAUAAAACUGUGAAAACUGAAAAGUCAAACAUCAUAGCAAAAAACUUACGUACUAGUAGUAAAACAAUAUCCAAAUCUAACAAGAACAGUAUUGAAUUAUUUUUUGAGAGCAUGGCACAGACUGUAUUGAAUUUACCUAACGAAGUCCAAGCAGAUAUUAAAAUGCAAAUUUGCAAAAUUGUUACCAAGGCAGAGAUUGAAUUCUGUGGAUCUCAAGUAAAACGCAAGACUAAAUAUUAA